UUACUUUGAAUAUGUUUUGCUCAUUACAUGUGUAUGGAAUAAUCAUUUGUAUAUUAUUGUCCAUCACCUUUUCGAGAUCUUAUAUUUGUGACUUGGGAUUAGUGAAUUGCACUUGCCAAGACCUAAAGAACCAAACGAAAGUGGAUUGCUCCCACAAGGAAUUGUUUAAAAUUCCAAAGUUUUAUGAAAACAGUACCUGGAUCGAUCUGAGUGACAAUCUUAUUGAAAAAAUUGAAAAUAAUUUUCCAAAGAAUGUUGAGUAUAUCAAUCUCUCGAGAAACAAAAUUAAAAGGUUGAACAACUUUUCAUUUCACGGAUUACAAAAAUUAAAAACAUUGAACUUGGAUUAUAAUCACAUAAAUAUUUCACAGUUUUAUAAAGGAAUUUUUCCAGAUCUGAAGUCAUUGAUAGAAAUAAGUUUGAAAGGAAAUACUAAUCCAUCAGAUAAUGUUCUGAUUCGUGAUGAUGCAUUUUCAGAGUUAACUGCAUUGAGAAUUUUGAAAAUUGAUGGCCCAAGAAAUAUAUCAUUUGAGAAAGGAUUCUUGAAAUUAACAGAGUUAAUUUAUCUAGAUUUAUCCGGAAUCACGGGAAAUUGUUCAUUUUAUGAACUCUCAAAAGAUUUGUUUAAGUAUUUGCCUCAUUUGACAUAUAUUGAUGUCUCAGCAUGUGAUAUCCUAGAUAUUGAAGAUGGUGCGUUUGAAAAUCUCUCAUUUCUUCAAUAUCUCGAUUUAUCCCAUAACAAGAGAAUAGGAUUUGCCUCACUUCCAAACAUUACAAAAAAUCUUAACCAAACACCUAUAGAAAUUUUAAGAUUAAAUGGUAUAAACUGUUUAACCGGAAUAGGAACAAAAAUCCUCACGCGUCAUUUUAUUAACUUAAAAGAAACAAAUCUAACCGAGCUUUACAUUGAAAAAAACCGAUUAGAGCAGCUUGAAGCAGGUGCAAUGAAAGUUCUUCCCAAAACGUUAAAAAAAGUUUCAGUUGGAGAAAAUAAAUUGACUCAGGGGAAAUACAUAUUAGAUUACUUCUCCAUGGACAGUGUUCGUAUCUUUAAUAUCAGUGUCCAACUUCGGCCAGCGCCGUAUCCGAUGUCAAUAUUUGAAAAUUGUAAAGAAAAGGAUGACAACUGCGAGUUUCCUUUUUCGGAAAAAAAAAUUCAAAGAGAUACAACAAUUUACAAAGACGUUGAGCUUAUUGAUGAAUCUUUUUUCCGUACAAAGGACAAAGGAUUUGUAAUUGUUAACUUUCCUAAGUCACUGGAAAUUAUUUAUGCAAACUCAAGUCGAUUGUAUUCAGCUAUUCCAGAGUUUGGAAUUACCUCGAGAAAUUUAAGGGAAGUAUAUCUACAAAAUAACUUUUUCUAUUCUUGGAUAGGACCUAUCCACGGAAUCCAGAAUUUAACAAUUUUAGAUCUUUCCAAUAACUUCUGCUCAUACAUUUCCGAAUCAUUUUUCAAAUAUGCAACAGGGGUGAAAAUUCUUAAUUUGUCUAGAAACGAUAUCGGAAAACAUAUAAUUGAUGACAGUGAUGGAAGAAUACUUGAAAAUCUAUAUUCCUUGCGAGAACUGGAUUUAUCAUUUGACAAUAUUAACGUGUUGCCAAGUUUAAUGUUCAAAAAUCUUCAAAACCUUCAGGUUCUGAAUUUAAAUGGUAACCUGCUUUCUGAAUGGCGCGUGAAAAUGGAUCACAUGAGAAAUAUAAAAGACAUAAAAUUGGCUAAAAAUAGACUUACAACAAUAGACGUUAUUCAGCAGCGAUCGUUUGAAACCCUUUUUUUAAAUUCCAAGCUUACAGUUGAUUUAUCUGACAACAAACUUUCAUGUUCAUGCGAAAAUUUGCAGUUUCUAUCCUGGAUAACUACAUAUAGAAUACAUUUUAAACACUUUGAAUUAUAUCAGUGCUCUUUGGCAAGUUCUAAAAUAUUCAAUUUUUCUGAAGCCGUUUCGUCUGUUGGUACUUUGAGAGAAAAGUGUAGGUCUUUAUUGUCGAUAUAUAUUCUUAUAUCUGUUUCAAUUGCUUUUUUAAUAAGCAUGGUUCUAGGUGUUACAAUGGUAAAAUUAAAAUGGAAGAUUUUAUAUCUAAUCUUCAGAGCCAAGAAGGUAUUUAAGAAACGUGGAACUUCUGCAAUGCAAGUAGGAAGUUCAUACGACUAUCAAGCAUAUAUUUCUUAUUAUGACGGUAAAAAUCAUGAUAUGUAUCAGUUUGCUACAGGCGACAUAGUCGAACAUAUUGAAACUCAGUUAAAUAUUGAACUCUUCAUCCCAGGUCGUAACGAUGCAGAGCUGGCUGGGCGAAACAAAUACAAUAUUGUAACAGAAGGCAUGGCAAAAAGCAGACGUGUAAUAUGUUUGGUUACUGAAGAGUACUUGACAUCUGGAAUGUGGAAAUUUGACCUCAAGGUCGCGAUGGAUAUUGGUGUAGAAAGGGGAGAAAAUUAUAGAUUUAUUCAUAUCAUUUUAUUUCCAGGAGUAAAUAAAAACGAACUCACAGAAGAAUUAUUGAUUAUUUUGAAUUACAAUUCCAGUUUGGAUUAUCCUGAUGAAGCGUGGGGAUAUGAUCUCUUUUGGGAGGAUUUCAAAAAUUUAUUUGAACCUGUGUGUCAGGACAUUAUUUCUGAGACCAGGCAGAAUGCCACGUCCGAAUUAGAGCUUGAAAAUCAUUGUGAUACUGAACAGCUCCUUACACCUGAAAUUGAGUAA